GCCGGGCAUGGGCGGCGCGGCGGCGGGCGGGCGCUGAGGGCCGGCGGCGGCAGGAUGGAGGCGAUCUGGCUGUACCAGUUCCGCCUGAUCGUCAUCGGCGACUCCACCGUGGGCAAGUCCUGCCUCAUCCGCCGCUUCACCGAGGGGCGCUUCGCCCAGAUCUCCGACCCCACCGUGGGCGUGGAUUUCUUCUCCAGGCUGGUGGAGAUCGAGCCUGGCAAGAGGAUCAAGCUGCAGAUCUGGGACACGGCCGGGCAGGAGCGGUUCCGGUCCAUCACCAGAGCCUACUACAGGAACUCGGUCGGAGGACUCCUCCUCUUUGACAUUACAAACCGCAGGUCUUUCCAGAACGUCCACGAGUGGCUGGAGGAGACCAAGGUGCACGUGCAGCCCUACCAGAUCGUCUUUGUUCUGGUGGGUCACAAGUGUGACCUCGACACGCAGCGGCAGGUGACCCGGCACGAGGCAGAGAAGCUGGCGGCUGCCUACGGCAUGAAGUACAUCGAGACCUCGGCUCGGGAUGCCAUCAACGUGGAGAAGGCCUUCACCGACCUGACCCGGGAUAUUUACGAGCUGGUGAAAAGGGGGGACAUUUCAAUCCAGGAGGGAUGGGAAGGGGUAAAGAGCGGCUUUGUCCCGAACGUAGUGCACUCCUCAGAAGAAGUGGUGAAAUCAGAUAGAAGGUGCUUGUGCUGAGCUCCUCUAGGGAGGCCGUGGUGAUGAACUCUACUAACCAAACGUUCUUUACUAAGUGAACUCAGUGUGGCAGAAGGGAGAGCCACGCUCCCGUUGUGAACAGCCUCCCACCUUGUUUUGGACACCAGGACAGACCCUGGAAAGAAAUGUUCUGUUCCAAAUAACCUUUCAGAACUGGGGGCUGCAAACCUGAAGGAGAGUGAGUGAGGGUGCAUGUGGAUGUUGUAAGGAGACAGGAAGCAGAAAGGAGGGGCUGCACAACACAGGAGAGGGUAUACAGAGCUGAAUGGGCUGGUACAUGCCAGGGUACUGUACGUGUUCUCUUUUAACUAAACCCACAGCUCCCUGCUGGCUUUUGGAGCCACAGGAUGGAUAACGAGUUGUCUGACAAACAGGCAGACAGAGAGAAAGCAGGAGGACAUUUUGGUUUGUGUCAGCUAUUUCUUUCCAGGAAGGUCUAAAGGCAGCACAGAUACCAUUUCCUCAUAAGGUCAGUUCCACAGGAGAAGUUUACUGACAUGGUAUGCACACUUCUGAGUUUUCUUUCUUAUGUUCUUGAACCUAGUUCAAUAGCAAAGAAUAUUUUGUGGGGUUUAAAGAGGAAAACAGUACUUAUUUGAUUGGUAAUUAAGGUUUAAAUUAUUCCUCCCUUAACAGUGUUUUUCUUGCUGUGCUGAACCAAGACUCUAAGUGGCAACUCUUGCUGCAGUAGAGAUUAUUCAAAUGCAAUUUUUACUCAUUUGUGCCUGAGUGAGUACCUUAAAAGUAUCCCAAGUUCAGUCUUUCCAGCAGAAUUAAGUGAUCAAGAGCAUAAAGAGAGAACCAUGUCCUCAGGUGUUAUGUCUUAAGGCUGGGGUGCUGCAGCCAGGUGGGACACACCAUUUCUGUCUCACUAACAGCACUGUGCUGACCUUACCAGCCAGGUCACAAGGAGGAAUGGAAAGGAAGGAGGGAAAAAAGAAACCCAACAAAAUAAAAAACUUGAAAAGCUUAACUCAGGUGCAUCAGACAUCCUAAAAGGUGAGAUUAGCUCUUAAAGAAAUUAAAUAGCAUCGUAAGCAACAACUUCCAUCAGUACUUUCUGCUGUUAAAGUGUCAUUUUCUGUCUUGGCCUCUAUGGAAGAGAACUGGCACUGGGAAGGUGGAACACACAGCAGAAGUGUCUGAGCAGGUGGGAAGGAAAGCCUCAAGACACACUCAAGAGUAAAAUUUGUUUUCCUCCAUGUUUUAGUUUGACAAAAGAGGAUCCAUCUCAGGCUGGCCAUCACGGGAUGGCAGCCAUGCCACAAAAGCUGUAUGUAGGUGGAUAUUUUCUGGGAAUGCCAUUCACCACUUAAAAGCUUUGCUUCUGCCAAAUUUUAACCCAAGCUUUUGAAGUGCAAUGGGGUGACUGUGCUCCUGUAGCAAAUUAGGGAACUUCAGCCUAUUGAAAGUGAGCAAACAAAACUAUAGUGACUUUUUUACUUGUGUUUGAAAGCUUUAUAUACCAAACUGCAAUGGGCAGGAUGGGGGAUUAGGUAAAAGCCACAGGAAGCAUCUAGUGUUUAUUUUUGGCCUCUGAGUACAGAAAAAGAAAAUAUUUGUUCCAGCUUUUUAAUCUGCCCUGUCUACAGAAGUGCAGGUGUUGAUUGCUGUUGAGUUCAGACUGUUUCUCCUUCUGAACCCAUUCUCACAGUUUGCAGCAGUACAUGGGCAGGUCUGUAUAAAGAAAAAACCUGUGGUUUCCAUAGUGAAGCUGUAAAAGAAACCCAAACCCUGAACACCUUAGUUUUUGGUGUUCUAGGAACAAUUUCAGUUCCUGGGCUCUGAAGAGGAGCAGUAGCGCUGCACCUGCUGGGAGGGCACAGGGAGCAAAUGCCAGGAAGGGGGGUGGCAGUGGCCUGCUGCUUCUUGGUGAGCUUGUCACUGCUGGAAUAGGCUGUGAGUGCAUCCAACAGCUCGUGCUGAAGGCCAGGGAAUGCCAGGCACUUGUGGUUGAGUUGAGUGCCCUGAAGAUUAAAAAGAAAAGUAUGCCCUUUACAAAAUCUGUUUCUGGGUGAGCAGAGGUGGGUGCAGGGAGCACUCAAGGAACUGGGCAGCUGCCAGGGCAGAGUGAGGGGUUUGCUCAGACCAGCUCAGUCAGUUGCAUUUCACAAAGGCAGGGACAGACAGCACCAAAGGUUCAGUUUCUUUGUUCCCUGGAUGGAAAGUCCACCUAGCAGCUGCUUCAGCUUUUCAGGGGCCAGCUGGACACUAGGUGUGUCUGGGGGUGUCUGGCUGAGCUCCCAGGGGCACAUAGCCAGAGUGUGACAUGAGGGACAGUGAGGAGUUGGAUCAGACAUUUUAGCAAUAGUCAAAUUCUGUAAUUCCCUGUGUGAGAGCCUGGCCAGAGGGGAAAGAUCACUUUUCAUGAGACAGACAAUAUUGCAUUUAAUGGGUUUUGGACAUUCCCCUUUACUGCUCCCAGGGAGAAAUUCCAGAAAGCCUAAGCCAGUAAGUGCAUUCUGGCCUUCAGAGUAAAUCUUCAAUUUAAAUACAGAAGUGUUGUACUUCUAAAGAGGAACAGUACAGAAGAAAAUGUACAUGGUCUUAACUUUAGAGUUAAUAAAUUGUUAUAUUAAAUGAUAGAGAAAUCAUUAUCUACAUCUUUUUCUAAUUCCUUGCAUUUUCUAGACAGCUUAUUAAAAGAUAGGAAAUGUAGAUUCAUCUGUACAAAAUUUGGAAUGUUUUUUCUAAGAUGAAGAACUUAUUGGAUAUGCUAAGAAUUCUUUUCUAACAACUGGUUUUAAUGCUUUGACUUAGAGGGACUUUGAGAAAUCAGAAGGUGAUACCUCUCACAGGCAAAAGGUCAGGAGCUCUUUUACUCUAGGGCAAAAAGAGGAAAAAAAAAGCAAAAGCUAACUUUCUGUGGUGUCUACCACAUGUUAAAAACAAUCUGCAUGUUAAACUGAACUUGCUCAGAACCUCCAGAAUAAAAGCAUACUUUACACUGUCCUCGCUUUGUUAUGCACUGUAAGGAAAUGUGAAAAUAAUGCUGUAUUUAGCUGUCUGUAUGUGAAUGAAAAUAUGCUUGUAUUUAGCAAAAUGGUUACUACGUGAUAAUGUGAAAUUCAAAACUUGUAAAGAAA